CGGGCUGGGCGUUCCUGUGUGUUGUUCCAUUAAGCUAGAAUUUAAACCAGGCGUGGGACUUGUUUUUUUUAAUAUAUUUUUUUCUUUUUGAAGAAAAGUUUCUUGUUGGGUCAAUGACAUCACUGGGAGUCGGGAGGAGGGGGUCGUUUAAAUAAAUCCUCCUAUUCCCCAUGCCUCUCUCCACAGGUAGACCCGUCUCGGGACUGGCUCGCUUCCCCCAACCCUCAAGCCCUUUGAAACCGAGAUCAUUUACCGGUGUCUAGAGUGCGAUCGUCGCCUUAUCAUCCAGUGCAGACCCGUAUGAUGACCUGCUGAAUCUCUUCUCUCAAGCUCUAGUUCUUCUUUCUGAAAUCUAUUUCCAAGCACGACGAUGCUCCAGAAUUGUUCAGGUUCAAAAAGAGCAGGAUAAACAGCCGUGGGAAGUAUUGGGCACUCUUGGAUCCGGGCAACACCCACAAAUACGGACAAGAACAGAACACUCUUGGAUCCAGUGUUGGGGAUUGGACUAUAGCAGAGAAGUGAACGUAGAGGAACACGGAGUCAAUGGAGAUCAUAAUAUCGCACUGGUAUAGGGAAAUACCUUGAUGAACGUGGUACCUUCAGGCGUUUGGAAAUUGCUCCCAAGGAUGAACCAGACUUGACAUCAUUUUCUGACCUCAAUCCGAUAGAAAAUUUGUGGGCAGAACUGAAAAAGCGUGUGCGAGCAAGGAGGCCUACAAACCUGACUCAGAUCAUUACUUUUCAAGAUGGACCACUCUGAGAACAUUAGCAUGAUCGCCCCAGGCAUAAGACGUCGUGUUGUGUCAAAAAGUGGUCAUAACAAUGUGAAGAUUGACCAAGUGGACGGCUGGGCUUAUCUCUACCUACAGGAUCUCUGGACCACUGUCAUUGACAUGAAAUGGCGCUACAAACUAACUCUCUUCACGGCAACGUUUGUGAUGACCUGGUUUCUUUUUGGGAUUCUCUGGUAUGCCAUUGCAUUUGUUCAUGGAGAUUUAGAGUUGCUUCACCCACCAGCUAACCACACACCAUGUGUUGUGAACAUCGAGACCUUAACAGGAGCGUUCCUCUUUUCCCUUGAGUCCCAGACAACCAUAGGAUAUGGUUUCCGGUGUAUUACAGAGGAGUGCCCCUUUGCUAUUAUCCUGCUAAUCACUCAACUGGUCAUCACCACAUUGGCAGAGAUCUUUGUCACGGGCACUUUUCUGGCUAAGAUCGCAAGGCCAAAAAAGCGCUCGGAGACCAUCAGGUUUAGCUAUCAUGCUGCCAUUGCCAUUAGGGACAACAAGCUCUGUCUCAUGCUUCGCGUGGCAAACAUGAGGAAAAGUCUCCUACUCCAGUGCCAGCUUUCCGGGAAAUUCUUGCACAACCACAUCACAGUGGAAGGAGAGACCAUCAAACUCAGACAGGAGCAUGUGGAUUUUCAAGUGGACACUGGCUCGGUCAGUCCAUUCCUCAUCUAUCCUUUGACUUUUUAUCACGUAAUUGACGAGAAAAGCCCUCUGAACAGGUAUACGUCGGCUAAUCUAAGGAACACUGACUUUGAGUUGGUUGUCAUUUUAAAUGCCACGGUGGAGUCAACAGGUGCUGCCUGCCAGAUCAGAACCUCUUAUGUGCCAGAGGAGAUACUCUGGGGAUAUGAAUUUAUGCCUCUUAUGUCACUCUCUCCUGGUGGGAAAUACUUGGUUGACUUUAGUUUCUUCGAUAAGCUCAGGAAGAGCUCAAACCCUUACUUUGCCUCAAAUGUACUUGGAUACGGGGACAUUGAUAAGCUAAAGCUUGAGGAACAAUACAGAGAGGAUGAACAGAACAAUCUGAUCAGUCGAAUCCAAACUGUUCAGAGCAAUGUCUAACAAUGCCUUGAGCCACAAAGUGACAUGGAAAACUUCAGUGCCUUUUGAAUGUCUUAUAAUCGGUGCACAUUUGUUUGGUACAUAAUCGGCAUUUAGUUAAAGCCAUUAUCAGAAAGUUCCCAAUGGUUUUAUGUAAAAUGAUCAACAUUAGUAAAAAUGUCAAGGGGGAAAAUUGUUCAUCUUUCCAUUUGAUUAUUUUCUUUGUUAAAGUUUUCAAUGAUGUAACUUCUCCAGUGGCAAUGCAUGGGUGUUACAAUGGUUAUUGUUCCUCCAAAAUUUCUCUUAUUCCUCCUGAUCUUUAAGGUAUGAUGCCUACUGUUUUUUGAGCUGUUGCAUCCUUUGUUGAAAUCAAGACUUUCACCUUGGUCCCAAAACUGCAGUGCAGUCAUCUACAUCCUUACCCUCUUGGCUUUAAUGUGCAAUCCACCAUUUAAACCCACCAUAGGAAGUACUUAACCAGCUGGUGCCCAAUAGGAAUUACAGCCUGACCAUUGAAUUAUAGAAUCAUACAGCACAGAAACAGCCCACUAUCUUUAUUCUUGCCAUCAAGUAUCCAUCUAAACCAAGGGUUCUCAAGCUUUAUUAUACCAUGAACCCCCACCAUUAACAGAGGGCUCCAUGGACUGAGUUGGGAACCCCUGAUCUAAACUAAACCCAUUAGCCAUUCCUUCUAUGUCUUUAUAGGUAUGGUUAAUGUUUUAUUAACCUUCAAUUUCAUCAAUUUUAAUAAAGUAAUUUCAAGUUCAAGUUUAAUCGUCAUUGAACUAUACAUGAAUGCCUAUGAAUAUAGCCAAACGAAACAGCAUUACUCUGGGGCCAAAUUGCAAAACGCAGUACCAACAGUCGUACACAGCACAAGACACACAUAGCACGUCUAAGACAGCAGUGAAUACAGUCACACAAAAAUUAUAUAGUCCCAAGUAUUCAACCCUAGGUAAUUUCUGAAAUAAGUACAUGUUUGGCUCAGCAUCGCGGGGCAAAGGGCCUGUUUUGCGCUGUAGGUUUUCUAUGUUUCUAUUCCAGUCCAUGAAUGUUGUAGCAGUCAGCAGAUGAACACAAAAAGGAUCAAGUGCUUUUCCUGAGUGUAUGAUGAAUAAACUAUUCUCGGGCUUCCAGCCGGGUAUAGAUAUUAAUUAUAACCGGUUUCAAUGACAAACUCCACCAUCUUCAUCAGGGAUGGUGGAGCUUGUCAUCGAAACAUUGGCUAUGGCUGAUACCUGUACCCAGCUGGAAGCCUAAGAAUAGUUUAUUGGUCACAGUACAUCUUCUUGGUGCCAAUUUCAUAGAUUACUGCAGGUAAUGUACAUCAACAUGCAAACACUUUGCGCAAAACAUUGCUGUCUUCCUGUUUUAUCACAGGACAGUAUAGGGCAUGAACUUGCCACACACAGUGUACUGCUUUAAGUUAGGCACCUAACAAGGUGAAAAGCAGAAUAAAAUGAUAUCUUACACAAAUCAAAACUUGUUAGAUCUAUCCUCUCCCCAACCUGAGCCAUGGAGGCUUUCAAUCCAGACACUGCUUCAGCUGAGCAACCCCUGCUUUCUUACCACUCCUAUCUUUUUGAUCUCUUCCAUCCAACCCCAGGACUUGCUCAAUCUAGUCUCCUACCAUUCCUCUUCUCUGCACUCCCUCCAGACUGGCUGUACUAUCCAUCUUUAUUAAGCUGAUCUCUAUAGGGCUGUUUUUGCUGUGUGAGAGUUCUUUUAAUUCUUUCUUGCUGCCAAGUGAUUUGUUUCCAUUGGUGAAGAUAACAACCCUUAUCUCAGACCUCUCUAUAUUGUACUUCUGCUGCAGAAGCCCAAUAUUUUCACUUAUGCCAAACAGUUUUUACAGUGUCACAUAAUGUUUGAAAAUUAUUUCAGUUCUAGGAAUUCAGUCACUCAGUCACAGAGCAAUGCAGGUGGAAAUGGGCCUUUCGGUCCAAACUAUGAAGCCCUCCAAGAUAGUCCCAACUUGCCUGUGCUUGGCCCUAUCUCUCCAAACAGUUUCCAGUCACGUACUUGCCCAAAUGUUUCUGAAAUGUUAUCGUACUUUCCUCAGCAAUUUCUUCUGAGAACUCAUUCCACAUAUGCACCACCCUUUUCAUGAAGAAGGUGCCCCUCGGCUCCCUUUUAAAUAUUUCUCAUCUCACCUUAAACCUAUGCCCUCUAGUUUUUUUUUAUUUCCUCUUCCUUGGGGGGGGGAGUGAAAGGGUGAACAUCUAUACCCCCUCACAGUUUUAUACAUCUCUAUAUUUACCCCCUUUAUAUAACCUGUCUAACUUCAUAUCACUCAGGCCCUCAAGUCCUGGCAGCGUUUUCUCAAUCUUGUUUAAACUCUCUCCCAUUCAAUGAUUGCCCUUCUAUAAUAGGGUAACUAAAAAUUUAUGCAGUACUCCAGAUGUAGUCUCACCAGUGUCAUAUACAACUGCAACAUAAUCUCUCAACUCCUAUACUCAAGACCCUCACUGAUAAGGCCUAAUGUCUUCACCCAGUGUACCUGUGAUGCCACUAUUAGCAAACCAUAUAUUUGUCCUUCUAUGUCUUUCAGCUCCACACACUGAGAUCCCUCUGCUCUUCUCUUUGUCAUGCAGUCAGAAGCGACUGAGGGAGAGGGGGCAAUGCAAUAUGGCUGGUACAUUGCGGCAGGAGAUGUCAUCACUUCCUAAGGACCAUGAAUACAUGGGAAGUAGGAGGAGAGGAGAUCUCCCAGGAGUUUCCUCAGCCCUUCUUGGUGUAUUAAUCAAUGAGAUCCAGAUGUUUGCCUUGGUUAUGGGUGCUCUGCACAGAAACACAAUAGUGCCCAGGGUUUGAGGGUUGGUGUUUACCAAGGCACAAAGGGAGCACUGCAUUGACUUAUACUGGAAAAUUUCUUACUUCCGCAUACUGCACCAUUACGUGAUAUCAAUUUGGUCCUAUGAUUAAGCCGAGGAAGGAGAGGUGGGAUGGUCAUCAAAUGAACACUGUCAGCUGCUGUUAGUAAUGGCAAUGGGGCAAUGGAAAGGAUGGGAAUUAGGAGCUGGGGGAGGGAUGACUGGUGGAGGUUCUAGGGUCAGAGUCUGGGGAUCAAAGUCCCACGGUUGGUGAGUGCUGGGGUUGAUACUGGGGGUCUAGGCCUGAAGGUUGAAGACUGAAGUCAGCAAGACCAGAGGUCGAGAAGCCAAAAACGUCAUCUUGUCGAAGCCCCUGCAUCAGCAUAUCCAAGUACGACGUGUGUGUGGAGUUUGCUUGCUUGGUUGAUGUGUUUGUGAGGGGGAAAAGAAAGGACAUGAAGGGCAAGUUGAUAAGUAAAUAACUUCCCUACCUGAGUGCAUCCCAACAUUAGCCCAGCAGCAACACACAAUAUGCUGGAAGGACUCAGCAGGUCGGGCAGUAUCUAUAGACACCCUUCAUUAGGACCGGAAGAUGGGAAAGAAGGUGGAGGGAGCGGAAGGAGACAAGCUGGCAAGUGGUAGAUGAGACUAG